AUGUUAGAAACGGCUGUGAAGUAUAAAAAAGCCUUUGAUUUGUUAGAAAUUUCCGAUGCUAAGUAUGUCAAAGAACUAUCUAAGGAUAAAGGCACUGGAGUACCUAUAUCCAAGGAUUUGGACUUUGCUAAUACGGUGCCUCCCUUUUUGAGGAUUUUCUAUGAUGUUACUAUGCGUAUGUUUGGAUCUUCAUAUGUUACUUAUAACAUAUAUAUGAAUGAGGUAUUUUCUAUUGGAAGGAAGAUUCGAUUAUUAAGCGAGCACAAUGAUGCAAGCAUAAAGUCGAUCGGGAUUAGUAUGAAGAGUAACUAUGACAAGUAUUGGGGAAACGUUAAUGGAAUAAAAGUGUUGUUACUGAUUGUCGUUGUAUUGGACACAACUUGCAAAUUGGGAUAUGUAAACUAUUUUCUUGAUUAUUUUUUUGAAGUAGAUGGUGAGGCAUUGAAGACGAAAUUGUCAACUUCCUCGAAAUCAAUUUAUCGAGAAUAUGAAGGCAGUGAGGAAGGUUCUCAAAGUAUGAGAGAAUCACAACCAGAGGAAUAUGAUAAUGAUAUACAUGGUAUGAGCUUCUACAAAAAAUCAAAUGGGCAAAGAAUUGAUCCUAAGUUUGAGCUUGAUAAAUACCUUGCUGAAGAGUGUGAACUUUAUUUUGUCGAGUUUGACAUUCUGAAUUGGUGGAAAGUCAACUCAACUAGAUUCUCCAUCCUUUCAAGUGUUGCUCGUGAGGUGUUGGCCAUCCCUGUGUCUACUGUAGCAUCGGAGUCUGCUUUCAACACUAGAGGAAGGUGUUGGAUCCUCAUUGUAGUAAUUUUACAUGUACGAUAA